UCUUGAUGAGUCAAACACCGCAAAUAGAGUCCAUCAUGAUUGAGUGCAAUAAAAUUGAUGUCAUCAAGGGGUAAGGAGGGCCCGUGAUGAAACAUCUUAUCGUCUCUCUUAUCAGAUAUGCACUGAUGUGCGAGCGGGAUCAAUAAUCUCGGCCUGCCGAUCAUUGGAACGGCGCCUGUCCUUACCCAUAUUCUCCCUGUCCGCAUAGAAAACGCAAUCACACUACAAUGAUUGUUGUGGGUCACAAUUUCUUGAAUCCAGAAUGUUGAUUGUGCUGAAAACUAGGGCGGUGCUUCGUUCCACAUUCGCAAAUUCAAGCUGACAGAAAUGAUUGUCGGGCCGGGCUGCAAUCUCCGUGACACUGACAGCGCCGAUAGUACUUGACAUGAUCAUGUGCAUUUCCGAUCACCAUCUCGUGCGUUUCUUUCGUUUGCCCACCAUGUCCGCGACCGUCCAGGACGAGCAACCAAAGGCCGUGAGCUCACUCUCGAGUAUUUCAAGCCCCCAGAAGGGCAGGAUCGCGGGCCUGAAGACGAAGCUGACGACGAGGCACGGGUGGAUGGGGGACUACGACUACGCAUGGCUUUGCACACCGACUCUCCCGUUUGGUAAUGCCCGCAAGAAAUCGCGUCAGCCACCCUUUUACGCGCUCGAUCAGGAGCUUCCGCUGUUCCUCGCGAUAGCGACCGGGUUGCAGCACGCGUUAGCAAUGCUCGCGGGCCUUAUCACUCCUCCUAUCAUCUUCGCGUCGUCCCUGAGCCUGGAUGCGAAGACCUCGGCGUACAUGAUCUCCGCGUCGUUGAUUGGCUGUGGAAUACUCAGUCUCGUGCAAAUGUCGCGCAUCCCGCUGUUCAAAGGAUAUUAUCUUGGUACUGGUCUCAUCAGCGUCGUCGGCACGAGUUUCGCGACACUGAGCACGGCGAGUGCGAUCUUUAACGCGAUGUACGCCGACGGCACCUGCCCAUCAACGACGGCGGCAGAUGGUACGACAACGCGAGGUCCCUGUCCGGAGGCGUACGGAAAGCUGCUUGGAACAUCUCUUGUGUGCUCAUUGCUCGAAAUUCUCAUGUCCUUCGUUCCCGCCAAGCGCUUGCAGCGACUCUUCCCGCCAAUCGUCACGGGCACGGUCAUCGUACUCAUUGGUGCAUCGCUCGUCGGGGACUCGGGUAUGCCGAACUGGGGAGGCGGAUCCAGCUGCAUGACUCGCCCGGCUACCGGCUUCUUCACCAUGUGUCCUAACGUCGCUGCCCCGAGACCGCUUCUAUGGGGAUCCGCUGAACUAAUCGGCAUCGGAUUCCUGUCGUUCAUCAGCAUCGUGCUAACCGAACUAUUUGGAUCGCCGUUCCUGAAGAACAUUAGCAUCAUCGUCGGACUCGCGAUCGGCUGCAUUGUCGCUGGCGCAGCGGGGUACAUCGACGGUAGCAGCAUCAAGUCGGCGCCGGCAAUCACGUUCUUAUGGGUCAAGACGUUCAAGAUCAGCGUGUACGGCCCAGCGGUGCUGCCCAUGUUUGCUGUGUACAUAUCGCUCGCGAUGGAGGCCAUUGGAGACAUCACGGCCUCGGCUGAAGUUUCACGGCAGGAGGUCGAUGGUGAGGUGUUCGAUUCACGGAUUCAGGGAGGGGUUUUGAGCGACGGUCUCGGCGGCUUCAUCUCUGCACUGUUCACUGUCGCGCCCUUGUCUAUCUUUGCGCAGAACAACGGCGUCAUCGCGAUUACCCGCUGUGCCAAUCGGCAGGCCGGCCGAUGGUGCUGUUUCUUCCUCAUCCUCUUCGGCAUCCUAGGCAAGAUUUCCGGCGCGUUCCUGGCCAUCCCCAAUCCCGUUCUCGGCGGGGUAACGACGUUCCUCUUUGCGUCGGUCGUAGUAUCCGGUGUCCGGGUUCUUGCCUACGUGAGGUAUACACGCCGUUCGCGAUUCAUUCUUGCUGCCGCAUUAUCGUUUGGGCUCGGCAACCUUCUCGUCCCGGGGAUCUUUACGUUUUUGUUCGAGCGCGUGCACAACCCCAGUAAAGGCCUGGAAGGAUUCUUUAGCUCGAUCACGAUCGUGCUAAGCACGCCGUUCCUUUCGGCCGGAAUCAUCGCGUCACUGCUGAACCUCAUUCUCCCGGAAGAAGAUGCCGAGGAAGAGAAUGACGACGAUGUGGUGGAAGAGGUUGAGGAUACCGAGUCGCAAAUGGAUAACAAGAAGGAUUAAUUUACGUCGUGUCUAAUGAAGUACUGUAACGGCCCCCAUUGAAAUGUCUCGUAGAAAGUAGAACAACAGUUUAUGAUUAUGACAAACCAUUUGAGCAGUG